AUGUCACGAAGAUACGAUAGUCGCACGACCAUCUUCUCCCCCGAAGGCCGCCUCUACCAAGUCGAAUAUGCCCUCGAAGCCAUCUCACACGCCGGCACUGCUCUGGGAAUCCUAGCCACCGAUGGCAUCGUCCUCGCCGCCGAGCGCAAAGUCACCAGCAAACUGCUCGAGCAAGACACCAGCGCCGAGAAGCUCUACAUCCUGAACGACAACAUGAUCUGCGCAGUAGCCGGCAUGACCGCCGACGCCAACAUCCUCAUCAACUACGCCCGGACCCAAGCCCAACGCUACCUCCUCACCUACAACAACGACAUCCCCUGCGAGCAGCUCGUCCGCCGACUCUGCGAUCUCAAGCAAGGCUACACCCAGCACGGUGGUCUGCGGCCCUUCGGUGUCUCAUUCAUCUACGCCGGCUUCGACAACCAGCGCCAAUUCCAGCUCUACCAGUCAAAUCCUUCCGGAAACUACGGCGGUUGGAAGGCAACGAGUGUGGGAGCGAACAAUGCGAGCGCACAGAGUUUGCUGAAGCAAGAUUACAACGAGGAGUGUUCGUUGAAGGAGGCAUGUGAGUUGGCGGUUAAGGUGCUGAGCAAGACGAUGGACUCAACCAAGCUGUCGAGUGAGAAGAUCGAGUUUGCUACGGUGGGACGGACGAAGAGUGGCACGGUGUAUCAUCAUCUAUGGGCGGCGGAAGAGAUCGAUGCGCUGCUCAAGGAGCACGGUUUAGCAAAGAAGGAUAGUGAGGGUGUAGAGGAGAGCUGGAAGCCGGGCGAGUCGGUUUAA